AUGAACCCGGCUGCUUCUCCUUCCUCUCCUUCUACUGCGGACAAUGACGCUGCAUCCGCGCCACCGACCGGUGCCAUCCGCACCCAGUCGCGUUCUAAGAAAGCUCCGGGAACCAUCGCUAAGAGAGCCUGCGAUCAGUGCAAAUUCAGGAAAAUAAAGUGCAGCCUGUCGCAACCAUGUCGCGCAUGCGUCUCAAUGGGCUUUGAAUGCACCUUUUUCCAGCCUCAGAAGAAACGAGGACCGACUGGACACCGUGUAUCGCAAAUCCGGCAACAACAGACCCCCCAACUUGCACGGAAGAGCCCUCAUGAUGUCCAAACACAGGCUCAAACCAGCCAGAGCUCCGGUCCAGAUGUUUUUCAGUAUCAGACAGGGCCAACCCCCGCUCCUUCGGUUUCUGGGGAGUCGGUAAAGUCGGAGGCUAUGUCCAUGCCUGAUGCACCUCAAUGGCCCGUUCCGGGUGAAGUUCCCGCGCCUAUGAAUGGAAGCGGACUCGCUCCAGCUCCCGCAACAACGACUGUUGGUCCUGGCUGGGCCACUGGUGCACCGGGGGCACCCAUUGACCCUCGCAGCCAAAAUGGCAUGGGCUGGGUUGAGCGCAACGACGUGGAGUACUGGCUUCCAGAUAAUCUACAUGCUCAGGUCCCGGUAUUCGAUUUCCCAGGAACUAAUGUUUAUUUGAGACCUUCCCUUCCAUCAAUUGUCCAAGGUGUAUCCGAUACUCCUGUCAUGGAACAUCAUCAUCCAACUGAACCUUCACCUCCAAGUAGUGCUCCAAUUUCAAGCAUCGUUUCUCAACCGCCAGGGUAUGAUCGGCCAAGGUCCGUAUGGCCAUCUUCGAUCAUUGAGACAAAUAUGAUUCCUUGGAUUGACGUCUAUUUCGACCGCUUACAUCCAACCUUACCUGUGUUAAAUCGGUCGUCUAUGUUUAUCCGCAUGCUAUCGCAGGAGCAUCGGCAAAACCCUCAAUUCGGCGCCAUGUUGUUGUCCUUAUGCGCCUUUUCACUGACCCAACCCAUUGAGAUUGACGAGCGUCCCACCUCCUCAUCGCGCGCCAGCCAGGCUAGGUCCAUGAUGCAUGAAGCUACGAAAAUGCGUAGCUGUUCGGACUUUGGUGAAAACCCGACAAUUGAGGCCGUCCUGACUAGCUUCUUCCUCUUCGGCUGUUUGUUUGGCAGUAAUCAGCAUAAUGCUGCGUGGCUCCGUUUACGGGAAGCAUUGGAUCUUGCGGCAACGCUCGGGUUAAACGAUCCUAAUACCUAUCUCGACCUAUCUAGUGAAGAAAAGGGACAACGGUUACGAACCUAUUUGGUAUUGUCCAUUACAGAAAGAGCUUAUGCACUUCAACGUCGACAUCCUAUCACAUUCCGGGGGAAACCAGGGUUCAGCAUGCGCUCCGUUCAUGAAUUCAUCCACGGAGCCUCCCACCGCGUCGUUUCCGGGAUCAUUGUCCACAACGAACAUGACGCUGAAGGUAUGAUGGGAUUGGCUCGACUGAUGGAGUUGUUUGACGCAAUCGAUGAGGAUGUUGUGGAUUGCUGGAAUAGGCGAUGCAACAUCGAUAACAAUGGCUACUGUGAGAGGCUUACAGCAGCUAAGGCAUUGAUAAUUCAUCAGAAUCUCGCCCGGGUGAGCCUUUCGGAACGAUAUAAAGGGUACGGCUGGUUUGAACGAACCAAGGCGGCUCCUAAUGAAGCCCAAGCAGCACAUCAAGCUGUAGGACUGAAAGAAACACAAUGUGCCGAUAUCUUCAUAACACAGAAAUGGCUGCAAAAUCGACUCUGGGUAUUAUGUCUCACGCACGGUCUUCUGGGCCCUGUUUCGGAUCGGCCUGAACUCACUUUCAACUACGCCAUAUUCAUUGCCAAUGAGGCGCUUCAGAUAUGCAAAUCGUUACGCAUCAGCUCCAUGGAGGCACAUGGGAUAGGCCUGGUUGAAAAACUUUUCGAUAUCGUUACCAGUGCAAUCAACAUUUUUUCCACGGUCGAUCCGUCACUGGGAGCCAACUUCCCUUUGACCUCGUCGAAUGGAAGUCUUGCACAAGCACCGUCUACAACAGCGACAACAGCGACGGUUAACCCCGUAUCACUUUCUCAAGGGCUAGCGGCGGAUUACUUGCUAUUACUGAGUAGCCUUCGUGGUGGAAAUCACCCAUUCCUGGAGCGGUUCAAAGAAUAUCUGGGCACGUCGCCCACUUCUCCUAGUAUUAGCACGGGCUAG